AUAGAACAACUAUAUUACACUGCUGAUUUCGAGCGUUCUAAGGUUUGUAUAAAUCAAUCUAGUGUUUGUGUGUCGAACGUACCUUUAUGGCAAUAUUUUCCAGAUUCUAUCCAAGUUUACCUCAAGUUCCAAAACAAUUAUCAAUGAUUAAAAAGGUACUAAGUGAAGAGGAUGAAUGUACCAAGCGCAUUAGGAUUAUUUAAGACAAAUUUUUACCUUUCAUGGGUUCUCAAAUUUAUAUUCAAGUGGGAGUGAAAUAAUUAAUAUAUAUGUUGUGCAAGCAGAAUAGCAAAUGUAUAUUUUUAAAACAUAUAUCAAAAUAAAAAAGGCCCCUAAUCUCAUGCGCCAACAAAAGCACAUACUGACUAUUUACUAACAGUAGAAGGAAAACCCUUCUUUGAACAUUGGGUCUUAAAUUAGUGUAACAGCGACAAUCUUGGCAUAAAGGGGGAGGUGAUAAAGCUGGAGAGGAGGUAAGUGCUGAAUUAAUAACUCCUAAAGCAAUAAAAUAUUUAAUGUAUCUUUACAAUCAUGACAGGUUUAGUUUAAAUUGUUGGGAAGGAGAUUCAAUAUACAAGUUACCAUUUGUAAUUACUCCAAGAUAAACAGACAUUUGGCAGAUUCAUUACUUUAAAUUAUUUUUAAUUAACAUAUUAAGCAUUUAACUCCUGAAUUAGCUCAAGUAAACAUACAUAUAAACAGAAAAAAAAAUAAUUGAAGUAAAUGGCCAACCAAUUUUAACUAUAAUUCUAACUUUAAUUAUCAUUAAUAGGAAUUAAUUGUAACCAUUACCAAUACGAUGCAUUUUGUAUAAAUAAUAUCCCUAAAGUAGUAAAAAGUCAACUUUACUGCGAGAACAGCUAGGCUUAUGACAUGUCAUACAAACAAAUUAUUGAGUCACUAUUUAUGGAAUUAAUCUUGGAAAUCCCAUUUUAAAUGAGAGUUAUAGGGCAUGUUUCUAUGGAGAGAAUAUGCAAAUACUGGUAAUAAAAUAAUUAUCUUCAAAGAUCCAAACAUGGGAGAAUGUUACAAAUGGCACAUUGUCCUAGCAUCACCUUAGUGACAAAAACCAUGAUACCCAAAGAACACAUUGUGCCCUAUUCUAAUGAAGAUGCUUAGCAAAAUAACAGAAUUUUCUUAAUAUCUAUAAAACAGUUUAAUUCUCAGUAAUUACAUGCGUAAACCUAAUUAUUCACAGAACAACUUUCUUGUUCACAUAAAAAAAAAAAAAAAGUACGGCUAAAAUAACACUGUGUAACUUUGUGGUAAAGGUAAGAAUUCCUUACAGGGCUACCAUCAGAGGGUUACAAUCGGUGUUUGUCUGUAUCUGUGUGUGUGUCAGUAUGUAUCAGCAUCUGUGUAUGUUUGUGCUUGUCUGCAAUUGUACAUCCCUGACAGUGAGUAUUAUUGUGUAUGUGUGUCUAUCUGUCUUGCGGUGUGUAACUACGUGUGUAUCUAUGACUGCAUAUUUGUGAGUGUGUAUAUUUGAGUAUGUCAGGAAUGCAUACCUGUGUGUGUCUUAUAAUAUAUAUCUCUGUGUCUGGAAUCAUGUGUGUUUUGGUGCAAGAGGCUGACAGAGUGUAUCGAAUGUCUUCCUGACAGCCACUAAAUGCAUUUUCUCCUCCAGACCGAGUAAAACUCGAUUUAGGAGUCAAUGCCGCUGAUAGCAGCAUUUGAUUAGAGGAGUGUGGCGUUUGGUCAUGCAUGCAUACCCCCAGCCCAUUGAUUCUUUAUGUGAAUCAAUGGAUUGGAGGAGAUUGCAAAGGCAUCAACAGGCAUGCAUCUUAGAAGGGUGCAAGCGACAUCAACAGAGGAGUCCUGGCACUGAAAACAAGGUAAAUAAUCAUUUUCUAACUUACUUUUCUAAAUGCAAAGGAGGAGGGCAGAUGAUAAUUACAAUCCUUAUUUCAGGACUACAGGUCAGAAGGGACCCUGUAGUCCUGAAAUAAUGAUUGUAAUUUCCUGUACUAUAGGAUACCUUUAAAUUUGUUUUGGUGCUUAGAGUGUCUCUUUAACCUCUCCUGGGCUAAGAAAAUACUCCAUAGACUAGAAUGAGAUGCUCCUUAUUAGAAUGUCUCUAACUGAAGCAGAAAGGUUCUGCUGAAAACUUCAGGAAGACUGACCAAACAGUGAUUCUCCUGGAAACUUUGAAGGUAAUUAUCUUUUCUUUUGUCUCUUAUUUUUCAUAGAUUUAUUUUUUGUUGCAAUUUUGCAAUGCAUUAUCUAUAUACUAUUUUACAGAAAUCGGGAUUCAACUUUACCUAUGUUUCUACCUCCUAGAUUCCACAAAACAUAAAUUAAGAAACAAAACAUGAUGAAUGGCCACAAUAAACUGUUCACUAUAUAAUGUUAUAAUUAAAGGGACACUCCAGACACUAACACAAUUUUUAUGAAUUGUAUCGUUUUUGCUGGCUACUGUAACUGGUGCAUAUUUUAAUCAUUCCUUUCCGGCUUUCCCAACCUUUAGUUUUUCUUCUAUAAGUCUGUCGUUCAUGUCAUCAAGGAGCACAUGAAACGUUUCUGUGAGUUGUGGUUCUGACAACAUCAUUCAUGUAAAAUGCUGGUAGCUGUAACUUGGUUGCUUUUGUACAUUUGUAGACAAUGCAUUCAAAAAAUAAUGGGUCCAUCUCAGCCUGGAGUGACCAUUUUAUUAUUAAACAACAGCAAAUAAUUUCUCAUCAGAAAUUCUUAUAGUGAUACAAAAUUGUCUAUAAAUAUUUCUGUUUUUUUCAAUUCUUGUUUUGACACUGUAGCUUAUAGUGACACAUACUGUGGGGGAGUUUGGAAUGGCUAUGUACAUUGCCGAUGCUGCGGGACAUGUCAUGGAAACUAUUACACCAGGAAAAAAGAAGAAAGGGCCUGCUCUAAAAUUUCAGGCCAGAGGAGGAUCAAAAAAAGGUAGGUUGCUAGGAGGAGCCUAAAAGGGGCAAUCGAUGCACACAAGGUAGAGCAUUACCCACUUUGGGAUAACAUUGAAAUCCAACAGGAGAAGGCUGGCAGAAUGGUCUGGGAGCAAUUGCACCCCGAGCACCUAGUUUAGAGAAGAUUGUGUGCACCUGCCUCACAGCACAAAAAUAAAAUAUAUUACGUAACUACAUUAUUUUUGUUAUAUUAACAUUGUGUUCAAAUUAUUGCAAAACUAGUUUAAAAAAAAAAAGGAUUGCAUUUAAUAUUAAGGUAGUGGAGUGUGGUGGGACCGUGGACUAGUGUGGUAUUAAUUUGGUCUAUUUGAUUAAUUGCAGGUAAUAUGUAGUUAGCCCUGACCUGUAAUCUAAUGUGAAAAAUCCUGCAAAUACACAAAAUUAAAAGGUCACAUAAAAUGUAAAAAACAAAAAAAAACGUAAAAACGAUAAGAUAUAUGUGCCAAGAAGAUGCAUGUUGUCAGUAGUUCAGAGUUUUAAAGUAACUGUUGCUGCCUAUAAACUUUAUCAAAGCAGGUGCUCAGGAACUCUGAACCUCAGACAAUAUCCCUAGGAGCACUGACCUCUCUCUUCUGCCCCUGUCAGCAUCUUAUGUUACAGAGAAAUAAGUAUAUCAUAUGGGCUCCCUUAGGGACUGCAACCUUCCUGCAAGGUAUGCAACAGAAUGGGUGAAGCAUUAGUGGGGAGUCCCAAACAUUAAUGCAUGAGUUCCCCACCAUCUUUUUGUGCCUCUGGUGGUGCCUGGCUCAUUAGACUAUAUGGAUUUUGUGGAAGAGAUCCUGUUAGAUAAUUAAACUGAUAUGACAUCUCGGUGUUUCCAAGUACACUAUAUGACAAUAUAUAGAUAUCCCUCCUAGAGUAGGCAGUCCUACUGUUUAAGAACGGUUUGCCAACUUUCAUGGGUCCUAAAGGGUGACCAUUUUUGCCUUCCCUGCUAAUCCUUGCCGUGCAAAGCUGACUCUUAGCUAAUGAUCAUGGCCGGUAUGUCUGGACUUUUUCGGCAGCAGAUGGUCUGGCAACAGAGGCCUAUUUAAGCUGGCAACUGUUCUUAAAUGGUAUGACUACUUACUAUGGUAGAGUGCCUGGGCACUCCAGACACCAUAACCACUACUAAAGAAGUCUACACUAGCCAGACUAUACUAAAAUAAUCUAUGUGUUUCAAAGUUAUAUUAAAGAUGCCGCAUUCUUUAGCCUGCUCCUUGAGUUGAAACAUGGUAGAAUCGCCAAACAUAAGAUCCAUUUAACACUUUUACAGUUAUCUACUUUUAUACAUAACUAAUAAUAGUGGCAUUCCUGUUUUUAGAGAAAAAAACAGAAGCAAAAGAAGAUGUUAAAGUAACAGGUAUGUUGACAAAAGAAGGGUGGGGUGGUUCUUCUAUAACAUUUGACCUAAUAUUCUGCAAAGAUGCAAAGAAAAUGCACUAAUAAUGUUUAAAUGGUAAUUUGUAUAAAAGUGGGGCACUAAGUAAAUGCGUAUUAUGAACAAAUUAAUUCUGUAGUUACUAAUGUUUCUGAAAACUCAUUCAACUGUAACAUUUCCAUGCACACAUAUUUGCUGGCAAUUUUUACAUAAUUAGAUUUUUUUAAAUAUAAUAUGAAAGAUACUUCGAUUUAGAAAUUGUGUAAGUAAAACUGCUACAAAAUUAUUGUGGAAUAUAAUCUCUGGCUGUCUGAUAGAAUUAUUCAUUAAAUGGCCCCAAGUGAGCUUAUUCACUAAACAAUGAACUGCGGAGAAUAGACAAAUAACUGCAAAGUAGCGGAAUCUGAAAAAAAACCUGCAACUCCGCUAUUUUAGCCAACAAUUUACAAUUCCCUUGUUGGUUCUCCUCAAUUCUCGAUUUAUUGGACAAACCCCAUCAUUUGCAUUGCUAAAGUUAGGAAAAAAGCAACAACUCUUCCCCAUAAACCAAUCACAUACACAAAAUACUCCUAGACCACAAGUUAUACUAACAAAAUAAUAAAGAGUUAAGAAAAACUAAUAAAGGAAACUGAUUUAAAAAAAUCUAAUUACACAGUCAAAAGUAAUAAAAACUGUCCAACGUGGCAAAAUUUACAAACAACCACUUGUAGGACUGUUUCAAAUGAGCCUAUAAGCAGCUGGCUAAACCACAUACCUCCCAACAUUUCAAAUGGACAAAGAACACUUUAACAUUACAGGUGUAUGUGAAGGUGUAACCAGAAGCAGGACUGUUCUGGGAAAUGUAGUGUGACUUACUAAUAAUAAUUUAUGCAACUAAAAUGUAAAUUAGAACAAGAACAGUGCAUCUUAUUCACACAGACUGAUUGCUAAGCACAUUAUUGUAGUUUAGACACGUCACUGUUAGUAUUAUAGCUGUGGAGCUCUGUUAUACACUCAGACACAUCAACAAUAUGGAGCUUCUAGAAAAGAGGGACAUUAGGAUAGAAAAGAGGGAUUUGGACUCAAAAUAGGUAAUGACCCUCCUAAGUAGGAAUACGUGGGAGGUAUGUAAACAGUUGCAGUCCUUCGUAUCUGUAUGAUCCUCUUACAAGGGUGUUUUCUGUGGAUUGAUCCAAUAUAAAACAAAUGUUUUCUUUUCUAUGUUGGCAGUGCAUCCCAGCACCUCAAAAGUCAAAGAGGAAGGAGAGUGCAAUGAAACGCACAGCGCGUUAUCUGGUAAAAAACAAGAAUUUGUACUCUUAAAAGGAAACUAUAGUGCCAGGAAAACAAACUUGUUAUACUGGCACUAUAGCUUCCCCCUUUGUCAAGGCCUCUCCCUCCUCCUCCCCCUCAUAGUGCAGAAGGGGUUAAUAACCAAUUCUGUCAGUUACCUGUGUCACUUAGAUGGGGAGACCUAAUGCGCAUGAGCGACAAUGGCCGCGCUCCUAUUAGGAUUUUCCCAUAUGAAAGCGUUAUUCAGUGCCACUGGAUAGCGUAGCGUGAGGAUGUCCAGCAUCAUUUAGGCAACCCAAAGUCGCCUUCGAGCCCGUAAGUCUGUCUAGUGGCUAUCUGGUAGACAGCCACUAAAGGAGGAGUUAACCCUAGGAGGUAAUUAUUGCAGGUUAUAAAAACUAUAAAAAUUACCACUCUGGGGUUAAGGGUGAUGGGACAUUGCACCCAGACCACUUCAAUAAGCUGAAGUGGUCUGGGUGCCUACAGUGUCCCUUUAAAUUGUAACAAGGUAGCAAUGCAUAUAGUAAGAAAAUCACCUCCUAGCUGUGUGUCCCACUCCUCAGUUCAGUGGUGGCAGAGAGUCGGCUUGUCUGGGCUUAUUUUCUCUCAAACAUUAUCUUUACACCAUUAUUGACCAUCAUAAAGGCUGUGAAGAAUUAGGCAUGCAUUAAUUAAGGUAGGAGCUUUGGAUAGCAGUCAGAUUUAUUGUCCAAUUGAUUGCAUCAUGUUUAUACUUAAAGGGACACUAUAGUUACCAGAACAACUACAGCUUUUUGUAUUUGGUCUGGUGAGUAUAGUGAUUCCCUUUAGGCUUUUUGCCGUAAACACUGUAUUUUAAGAGAAAAUGCAGUGUUUGCAUUACAGCCUAGUGAUAACUCCACUGGCCACUUAUCAGAUGAGAGUUGUUUCCUGGAGCAUUUCCAUUCAGUGUCUCCACCCUCUGCAUGCAGACACUGAACUUUCUUCAUAGAGAUACAUUGAUUCAAUGCAUCUUUAUGCCGGGAUGCUGAUUGGCCAGGACUGUAUUUGGCUUGUGCUGGCUUUGCCCCUGAUCUUCCUCCAUGAAAAGCUCAGCCAAUCCAUUGCUUUCCUAUGUAAAGCAUUAUGAUUGGCUCAAAACAACACUUCUGGUGAUGUCAGCCAAGCAGGCAGAUCAGGGGCAGAGGCAGCAGCAGCAGACUGGAAUAAAAGUAAGAUUUUGCUAUAUUUAGGGUGGUAAGGGGGGGGGGAGGCAGUGUCCCUUUAAGGCAUUUGGAUGCACUGCCAACAUGAGGAAUUUAAAUUAUUGUUUUUAUACUGGAUCAAUCAAAUGAUUAAAUCCUUGUUGGGGCUCAUAUGGAGGAGAAAGUCUGUGGCUAUCUGUUUAGCCUGCUGCUGACAAUAUCAUUUGAGACAGUCCAACAAGUGGUUGUUUAUGGAUGUUGCCAUUUCAGACGCUUUUCAUUACUUUGACUGUGCGAUUUGAUUUUGUGAUUAGUUUCCUUUUAUAUGUUUUUAUUUAUUUAUUGAAAUCUGAUGUGAACAUCAUAAAAGACAUUACAAAAAAAAUAUCAAUAGAUGUAUUCAUGUAGAAUGGACAGGCAGACUGACCUUCUGUCUUUUGUCUGUCUUCAUCCAAGAUCAUUAUUUUUACUUAUUUACUUUUAUCGCUAUUGCUGACUUGAUUUAAACUUUCUGUUAGCAGAUAUCAUAGAGCCACGUGUUGAACAGAUUAUUGCAAUAGAGGAGACUCCAGCUCCAGACGAAGUACCAAUUGUGGAAGAGCCAGAUGAUGACACAGAACAGCCUAUGCAUCCAAAAAAAGAUGGGCAUGCAUUGUAAUAUGUUACAUGUGAUUUAUGCAAGUAUACACAUACACAAAUAACAUUAAAUGAAGUUGUAAGCAGAUAUUGAUAUUUCAUCCUUCACAUCUGCUCUCAAAAAAAAUAAAUAACCUUCUGGAUUGUUCCACCCUGGAUUAAAUUGAUUACCCAAAUGUUUUGGGUCAAGUUUCUACAUAAUGUGUCAUGGGAAUGUUCUACAGUAAAUCAAACCAUUGUUUCAUAGAUGGUCAUAUUGGAAAUAUAUCACACACACCAAGGUUUUAACAAAAAAGAAAUCAUUCAGGGUUUCUAAGAAAAUAGCACAUGCCAUUUCUGGGAAGGAUGUCACUUGAAUUAGACAGAUUGCCCAGGACAUCUGAUAAGCUGAUGUGGUUGUUGUUUUCAUUAUUAUACUGUAUAUUAUGAUUGUAUUAUUAUAUUAUUUGAGAAGAGUUAUUUAAAUUCCUAAGUUACAUUCUUGGUCUAUCUUGGUUUAUUCAUAACUGGUUUUAAAGAAACACUCCAAGCACCAUAACUACUACAACUUGCUGUAGUUGUUAUGGUGCCCCAUUUUAGAACAUUUUGACUUCUUGCCUGGUAUCUGCCUGCGUGCAAACCCCAAUCUCUGCAACAUUCUGUGCUAAUCUCAGGGGUCAACUGAUCACUCUUAGCCAAUGAGCUAAGCCCUGCGCCACCAGCAUCCGGCUCUCUAUCAGAUGUUUUGAGUCAGGGAGCAAUGCCCAAAGUGAGAAAUCAGGUUGCUCCAACAUAGCAAGGGGGGUAGGGGAGAGUGCCAGGGCACUCGUGGAUGUAGUGAUUAUGCUGACUGCAGUGGUCGUGGUGUUUGGAGUGUUCCUUUAACCCAUUUUUAAUUUUGCCUUUAUGUAUCAGAAUAUUUCACGUGAACACUGAAAAAAGUAUCGGUAUUCACUGCUUGUAAUUUUGUAAUAUGUUAACUAACAUUUUAUCUGUUCAGGUUAUUCUUCACUUACUUAGAAGGUAUUAUUCAACAAAAAAUGGUGUUAGUAUGACAAAGAGCAAAUCAGGUUUUAAUAAAAAUGGCCCAUUUGGCAUAGGAAUCAAAGAAAAUCAGUAUAUAACAAAUAUACACCCUUAAUGGAGUAUAUGUUAAUCCAUGCAGUUUUCUCGAGGCAAAAAGAUACACUAUCAGCCUUAUGGGAUACACACUAUCUAAGCUACCUAGCCUUAGUUUUUAACUUUUAAUAUAUCAUGUGUGUAUAUAUAUAUUGAUAUAUAUAUAAUGUGUGUGUAUGUAUGCAAUUUUUCCAAAACCCCCAUCAAAAACAAACCCCACAGUUAUCCAAUAAACAUAUUUUCC